GACAUUGAUGAGUGUGUCACUACUAACAGAAGCGCCCUGUGCCAGAAUAUCUGCACCAACACACUGGGAGGCUACAGCUGUACCUGUCCGAGAUGGUACUACAUAGAGGUUGGAGAAGACAACUGUACAGCAUUGGAUGUGUGUACAGUGCUAGCUGUGAGCUGUGGCAGCCACUCCAGCUGUGUCAAUUCUCUUGACUCUGAAGAGGGCUACAGUUGUGUAUGUGACUCUGGCUACAGACAAGACGGAAACUCUUGCUCAUCUGCUGCUCUUGUUCACAUCACCUGGGUCAUUACUCUGGUUCUAGCAACCACUAUCAUCUUCGUCAUUGGUUGCUUCUUUGUCGCCCGACACAAGUACCUCAAAAACAAAAGAAAUGAGGAGAGGAUGAUGAAGGGAGAUGAUAUGGGAAUGUCUGUGUUGGUGGACUGAAGGCCAUAGGCUAGCAGCCAAAAGAAAAUACGCACACAAUAAAUAUAAUGUUUUAUAAUAUGAAAAUUCAUAUGGACAGGUAAUUUGGAGCAAUUGCGACAUG